CACUAAUAAUUUAUUAAGUUAUUUUCAAAAUUAUAUUUCACUAUAUACAAUUAAGUGCGUGUCUAACAUUAAAAUGAAGUUUAUAAUUUUCAUUUUUCUUGCAAAAUUUGUAUCAACAUCUAUCAGUACCGAUGAAAUAAUAAAAGUGCUUGAUGUCUCGGAAGAAACAGUUAAUCUUCAGUGGUACAAUAAAAAAAGUGGAACAUGCAUUUAUCUCAUUCAUGAUUUAACAAAUAAUAAAAGUAUACAUGAAUAUAGUAAAGAUGUCAAUAAAGGCAAUUUGACAAAUAGAAUCACAACACUUAGACCGGGAAAUACGUAUAAAUUUGAAUUUGUCUGUUUUAAUGCAAAAGGGACAUUUAACAGAUAUUUGAGCAAUGAAAUCAAAACUUACUAUCCACAAGGAAAACCUAAUCCACCAGAAGGACCUUUAACUAUUACAAAUGUUACAAAUAAAAGUGCCACGCUUAAUUGGUUUAAACCUAAAAAUAGUACCAACUAUGUACGAUACCACAUUAUAUUAUAUACAUUGAAUUCAAAAGAAGAAACUUUGCUUUUAUACUAUGCUAGUGAAAAUAAAUCUCUAAAAUUUACAAUUAAUAAACUAAAUCCAAGUACUAAAUAUAAAUUUGAAAUUAUGAGUUUUAAUUCAAUGUAUAAUUCUGAUAGACUUAUGAGUAAACAAUUUACCACUUUAUCUUGGUAAAAAUAUAUAUAUACUAUAUUUAAGGUGACAAAUAUUUUUAUAGAAAAAAUAAAUAAUGUAAAAAGAAA